UUUCUUUUGAUCACCCCAAAGAAAACCUUGAAACUGAAACUGAGAGGCGAAAUCUUGAAAAUGACCAAAAAAUGACCUUACCGAUAAACCGUGGGUUUUAAAAAUUAUUCAAAUUACAAUUGAAAUUCUUUGAAAAGAGCCAGGAUGGGGACAGACACGAUCACCUGGCCCCCUGAGUUUGCAGAUUUUAAAAAAUUAGACGCUACAUUAAAAUGUGGUAUCUGUUACGACUACAUGACCAAUUCAAUGAUGACCUCCUGCGCUCACAAUUUUUGUUCGCUGUGCAUACGCAAAUUUUUACAGUAUAAAAAUCAAUGCCCUACCUGUUUUCAUACAGUGUUUGAUGUGCAAUUAAGGAAUAAUAGGCCUUUGGAUGAAAUCAUAAUAAUAUAUAUAAAAUUAAGGGAUAAGCUUUUAAGGACAUUAAGGAUUGCAAGUGUCCCUAUUCCGUCUAAGGAAGAGCCCUCGGAGGUGAAAACACCAAAGAGUGAAAAACCCCAGGAAAUAGUCACGCCAGUCAAGAAUGUUUCUGUUGAACUUUUUAAAAAUGAAAAGAAGAAAUCCACUCCACCAACAACCAGCAAAGAUGACAUCAUUGUCAAUGGAAUCAAAAUACCAGGGAUAUUCAACCCACCGAAGGUUUUUCCAAAACCGAGGAAGCCUGGAGAGUUUAUCCAGUGCCCUGUGUGCCAAGUGGACGUCCCGACCAAAAACAUUAAUUUGCACUUGGAUUCUUGCCUUGCCAUUGACAACAAUGCUAAACCAAAAAAAUCCAAUGAAAAAAGAGAUCCUCUUCCAAAAAGACUGUAUCACAUGAUGCCUGAUAAAAGUUUAAAAAAUGUGAUGAGAAUUUAUGGUCUGAGUACGCAAGGUGAUAGGAAAGUGUUAUUAGCACGGAUACAAAGGUUCACUGUGAUAUACAAUGCAGAAAAUGAUUCUCCCAAUCCGAGAACAAUUCCGGAGUUAGUUCAACAAGUUGAGAGAGAAGAAAGAGAGGAACGCAAACCAAACACUUUCAUGAAGAGUUUUACUGGAUCGAAAGUUACUGUAAAUAGACAUGAUAAACCUGAAACCAUAGAAGAAGCAAAUAAAGCUUACCGAGAAGAAAACAAGGAUAGUUUUAAGAAACUGAUUGAAGCUGUGCGACAAAGGGAGGGAAGGCCUUUAAAUCGAAAAAACAGAAUUAACAGUGAUGACGAGGGUGAACCAGCAGCAGAAGGCCAAAAUGUAGAAACUGCAUGGAGCGGGGAAGAAUUUGAUCCGAACCGACCGUCAACUUCAAAACUCGGCCAAAGCCCAGAGGAAGAGGCCAGCCUGGAAUAUUCUAUUUAUUCUCAAGCCACAGUGUGCGAUAGCGAUUCUGAAUCGGAGUCUGACAUCUUUGUCAAUGGGGAAGAGAAACCCAAGAAGAUAGACUGGAAAAGGACCAAAAUUAGUUUAAGCGAUGAUGAAGAAUUAGCAGAAAACAAAGAAAUCAGCGGUGUCGAUUGCUUGGAGGACGUUGGCAAAAGUAAACAAGAACCUGCUGUUAAAAACGAUGAAAAACAAACAAAUGGAGAAGAAAUAAAUAUUGAUGGCUGUAGUGUUAUUAUUGAUGUUGAAUCAGAUGAUUCAAGUAUAGAUUCAAUUUUCAAUUCAUCAAAAGUGAGCGCUGGUAGCAUCUCACCAAUGAAGACCAGAUUGAAAAGGAAGCAGGAAGGAACGCCAAAAAAUGAUGGAAGCCCGGAUAAAGAAAAGACACCCAGUGCAAAAAGCAGGAAAAGGCGGAUGAAAUCAAAAUCACCAGGCUGCACCGUAAAACUGCAAGAUGUCUUUGAUCGAUGCUUCGAACAAUAUUCAGGCGAUAAAGUGGAUGACAAUCUCACAUCCCCAGAGAUCAGUGAUGAUUCGUCAAUGAUUCAAAACUUGCUUGAACGCGCUUCUGAGCCUGAUUAUAAAACUCCAAAACGGUUGACGAGACAGCGUGCUGCUCAAAGCGAAGUGAAACCUGCUCGGAAAAGUUUGUCAACGCGUAAAAGAUUGAAAAGGGAUCUUUCUCCGGAAUUUUAAAAUUGUGAAUAAUAUUGUGUAUAUGUAUAAACGUAGUUACAAAUAGAAUCGUUUUCACUAGGCUUAGAAAUAAAAUGAGCAUGGCUAUUUUUUUAAGAGGAUUCCUUCGAAAAAUAUUAGUUUAUUUCUUUGUACAAUUUAAUUUCAAUUAAU